GAUGGCUGGCCAGGGUCACAGCAGCUGAGCAGGCUAAGGGGAGCUCCAGGCACUGUCCUGGCCCCACACCUCCAGGUGUCUGGAACAGCGUAGGGACACUAAACCUUCAGCUCAGGCCCCAGCUGCACCCCCAGGCCAGUCAGAACCCCUCCUACACCUCCAAGAUGCUGCUGGUGCUGGCACUGCCCCUACUGUGGAGCCCUGCACUCACAGCCCCCGCUGCUUCUCCCUCAGCCCCACGCCAGGCUGUGGGGCGCACAAGCAUUGUAGGGGGGCAGGAGGCCCCUGAAAACAAGUGGCCGUGGCAGGUGAGCCUGAGGUACAAGGACCGGUUCUGGAUACACUUCUGUGGAGGCUCCCUCAUCCACCCCCAGUGGGUGCUGACGGCGGCGCACUGCCUCGGACCGGAAGUCGAUGACCCUAAAGAUCUCAGGGUGCAGCUGCGGGAGCAGAACCUGUAUUACCACGACCACCUGCUGCGUGUCAGCCGUAUCAUUGUGCACCCCAAGUUCUACACGGUAGAGAAUGGGGGAGACAUUGCUCUGCUGGAGCUGCUGCACCCCGUGGACCUCUCCAGCGGUGUCCAGCCGGUCACCCUGCCCCCCGCCUCAGAGACCUUCCCCCCGGGGACACCGUGCUGGGUGACCGGCUGGGGCGACGUGCAAAGUGGAAUGUUCCUCCCACCUCCAUACCCCCUGAAGCAAGUGAAGGUCCCCAUUGUGGAAAACAGCGUCUGUGACUCCAACUACCACAGUGACCUCUCUACCGGGGACAGCAUCCGCAUUGUGCGGGAGGAUAUGCUGUGUGCCGGGGACAGGAGGAGGGACUCCUGCCAGGGAGACUCUGGGGGGCCCCUGGUCUGCAAGGUGGAAGGCUCCUGGCUACAGGCAGGUGUGGUCAGCUGGGGCUACGGCUGCGCUCGGCCUGGCAAGCCGGGCAUCUACACCCGCGUCACCUACUACCUGCCCUGGAUCCGCCAGCAUGUCCCCCAGGAGCCCUGAUGUCCCCAUCCCUGCCUCCUGACAGCCCCCCACCCCCAUACACCUUCCUGCUCCCCCUCCUGUUCCCCUGCCCAGGUCCAGGACCCUAUUAAAGAGCAUGACAAGUA